AUGACAGCCAUUAGAGUUGCAACGAUCGAGAAACUGAUAGAAGGAUCAACAAUAUUCCUUCGGCAAUUUCGGCCUCUGCACCAUAAGACGUCAUCGACGGCAUUUGUGAAGCCAACUCCUUCGCCUCCCGGUUCCUAUGCACUAGAAAUUAUCGACGACAUCGUCGAGUACAGGAACGAAAGAGACGAAGUGAUCCAGCACGAGACGAUCUCCAUUUCAAGGACGAAACAAGACAACAGGACACGAUUCCCAGCGGCAGCAGUUGAGGCCUCGCAGCCACAUCGACGGCGCAGACGAAGCUACACAAGCUUGGAGAAUGUCAACAUGAAUAGACUCACUAGAUGGCAGCUCACUGACCAACUCCGACGCAUUUUUGGAGGCGCUGGAGCCAAGACUAUCUGCACCAAUUACAGCAACGGCACAAAUGGCCCACCUCAAAGGGCGAUCAGCUGA